GGAUAAGAUGGAGCAGCAGAAGAAAACAACAACGAAAAGAGCAUAUGAUAAGUGGACCGACGAAGAGGUACGGGCCAUGUUGGCGUUCUGGGGCCAGGACACUGUGCAGAAAGGCUUCGAAAGCUCUCGGCGGAAUGAGUGGAUGUUCAUGGAAAUCUCGGCGCAUCUGAACACGUUGGGGUUCCACCGUACACCACUCCGAUGUCGCGAAAAACUCAAGAAACUUAAACAGCGCUACAGAACAAUAAAGGACCACAACAACAGCAGUAGUGCCGGCCGAAAGGACAGCAAGUGGUACACGCUGAUGGACACAAUACUGACCAACAGGCCAGCAUAUUCAGCACACACGUCGGUCAAAGAGUCUGCAAGCUCACCUACAGUUACAACAACACAGAACACGGUCGACGAGGAGGAAAGCGAUGUGGAGUCUACGUUAGCCUGGACAUUAGUAAACGACCCCGACUCCCUGGCAGGUUUCCUUCCCCUUUCGUCUCUCCGUCUUAUCGUCCCUCCUCUGCAGCUUGUGUCUGCAGCUCUGUGGGAGAUAGUGAAGCAGGGAGCUGUGAUAUACUAUGGUCUGCUGGAGGAGUUCGUUAGCACAGUGUUGGAAACUGUCCCUGAACUGCUCACUUACACAGAGAGAGUCCAGCUAGUUAUGGGCCUGCGUGCAAAGGUGGUGCUAGAGUUGUGCUGCAAGGAUGGAUUGGCCAGCCCACAGGCCAUCCAGCAUCAUCUGAGCAGAAUAAACGGCUACAUUAUAAACCAGGAUGAAGAGACUUCCAGCUCUGAGGUUAAAGCAUCGGUGGCAAACUUCCUGAAGCUUGUUCACACUCUGGUGGAUGAUCAAUGUCAGAGGGAUAUCUUUUAUCAGAAAAUCUUCCCAACAGUGUUCGGCCCUAAAUAUGACUCAGCCCUGCAGGCUCUAAUGAGAAAAUUCCUCUUCAAUCUGCAGAAGCUGCUACCUGUUCCAAACCUUGAACAAACUUCCCUCUGGCUCAGUCUUUCCCCUUCCAUCCUGAAAGAGUGUGCAGACUUCAUGAAUCAACCUGAGCCCCUGAACACACUUAUUCAGCAUCACAAACAUCAUGGCCACAAAGUUCCACAAGCUGUGUCUUCCUCCGGUGAUGACUGCAUACUUUCCAGCCUGUCCUGUCACCUGCCAAACAUGGACAAUGAUGGAGACACACUUUGCAGUGAGACGAAAAGGGGGGAAGAAGAAGACUUGAAGGAAAUAAAUGCAGAAUUAAUAAGAAAUGUUGAAAUAAAUGGACAGCAGCAUGUUGAUGAUCUGACUGGAGACCAAGGAGCCUAUAUUGAAGUAAUCCUCCAACCUUUUGAUGAAAGUGACUCUAAUGAUGAUGAAGACACGGACGAAAAAUGCUUCCCCCAUUUGAAAUCUGGCAGCAGGACAUCCUCAAAAACCUUCAAGUGUGCAGUUUGUGGCCAAGAUUUUGGUUCCCUGAGCAAACUAAAGAAGCACAAGUUUACCCACAGCACAAACACGAUGAGUCAGCCAAAUUCUGUGAGCCAAAGUAGCUUGUUUGAGAAGAUAAAUUUACAUCAGAAACCAAAGACUUGUGUUGGGAAUAAUGCUUCACGAAGUGAGCUUCCAUCAUUGGAAAGUGCUGAAGCACAUGGCACAUCGAAUCUGGAUAGCCUUUCAAACUUUCAGCAGUCUAAUGAUGACUCUAGUCUUGUUUGUCAUGUUUGUAGCAAGGUUUUCACUUGCGUAAAGAAUUUUGAUGAACAUCAGAAGACUUGUGUAGCAGAGACAGACCCACAGUGUUCCACGAGCACAGCUCAGCACUCCAAACCAAACCCUGCUGAUGAGACCAAAGAGUCUACAGAUGUGGCAUCUUCUGACUCUCCACAAGAGCAAAGUAGUAAAAGAAGCAGUCGUGUCAAACAAUGCUCUGUAUGCGGGAAGAUAUUCACGUGUUCUGCUGACUUGACAAGGCACAUAAGAUGCCACACUGAACAGAGCCCUCACCUGCAUUCUUACUGUGGGAAAGACUUUGGAAGCGAUGAAGACUGUGAGAUGCACCAGAAAGGUAAAUGCAGAGCUGCACAGGACAAUUACUCAAGCAAUGCAAAUAAAAGGAAUCAGGAGAAUUACGUUGUUUCCUGUAGUGUAACUCAGCUCCCAUCAGCUUCCUCGCAGGAUGAAUCACCCCUGACAUGUCAGGAAUGUGGCCAGGAUUUUACUGACUACAAGAGUUUUGAGCAGCACCGGAGCAAAUGUUCCAAAAUAGUUCCUCAAAGGGAAGAGCAAACAAAUGCAAAACAUGUCGUUAUCAACGCUUGUAAUUUCAAAUCGGCCGACAAUGCUGAGGCAAGUUCUGAAAUGAAGGAAAGUGAAACUGCAAAAACUCCAGCCUCCGCAGAUCGUGCAGAUGGCUCGCAGAAUAAAUCUCGCAACAUCAAGUGCACCAUGUGUGAGAAGAGCUUCUCAGAAAUUGUCCUCAUGAGAAGACAUUAUUCUAAGUCACAUAAAGUCCGAGGCUCGUACCCGUGUCCUCUGUGUAAGACCACUUUUGUGAGGUUGUCCGAAUUGGUUCGACAUCACCAAAACAAAAGAUUGUACCAGUGCGCCGUCUGCAAGAUAUGUUACUCAGAGCUAAGGCUACUAAAGGAUCAUGAGAAGGUACACAGUGCAAGUGUGACACCACACAUCUGUGAAAGGUGCGGGAAAAGCUUAAAAUCUCUCCCUCUUCUGAUUCUACACCAGAGCAAGUGCAGAGGGCAGCAAUCAAACGUUUGUUCCUACUGUGGGAAACCAUUCUGUUCAAAAUACAGCUUGAAGGCUCAUAUGGUGAGCCACACAGGUGGCUACCCGUGCCCAGUCUGCGGGAAGAAAUUCAAUCAGAAAACGUACCUGAAAUUCCAUCUGUAUAAACACACAGGGCAAGAGCCGUACCUCUGUGACACAUGUGGGAAAGGCUGGCCGUGUGCCGCUCAGCUCAGGCUUCACAUGAUUGAACACUCGGAGGAAAGGCCGUUCAAGUGCAACGAGUGCGAUGCGUGUUACAAGAGGGCGUCCCAUCUGAUGGCUCACCGUAGAUCCAAGCACAUCAGGUUGCGACCAUUCGUGUGCAAGGUUUGCAGCAAAACCUUCAGAUUAAACAAUGAGCUGAAGAAUCACAUGAUGAUUCACACAGGGGAACGGCCUUUCGUGUGUCCAAGGUGUAACAAAAAAUUCAUGAAAAGAUAUCUCCUUAGGGCACACAGAGAAAAGGCAUGUCUGUGACUUCAUGGACUGUAUACAGAACAUAUAUGUACCUGAGCACUGGAGCAGGCAGAGCACAGAUAACCCUACUAUUAGACUUGUGUGUUUUUGCAUCCCCACUUUUUGAUCGUACCGCUUUGCAAUUUUUAAAAACAUUUCAGUGCUUUUUGGAUCAAAAAUAUACAGGUAUAUCUUGAUCCAAGCAUUUUCCUCUUGUAUCCUGGACAGUGUCUGAAGAAUCAGAUCCUGAGUUGCCCUUUCACAUGUAUAGCCAAUGGAAAUACUCAAUUUGGUUUAAGUGAGGGGUUCAGGAGGCAGAAAAUGUUUUGAAAAGUGCAGUUUGAUUGUAAUUCAGCAGCUUAUUUUACAAUCACAGGAAGUCCUCUCUCCUAUUGGUGCUACCUUCACGGCGGAGUGAUCAGGCCCAGUAAAAAACAAUACUAUGAAACAGAACUGGAGGAAUUUGAUACCCUUGUUUUUCUUUCUCUUUGUCAUAGUGUCAGUAUUGCAAUGAUCAUUAAUGGGGGAAAAACUAGGCCCAUUUGAGAUAAAAAAGAGGGAAAAACCAGGAGAAUUGGAAAAGUCAACUGUGUAUGAGACAGAAUCAGGUUACCAACUGGAGAAUGACCUCUCCCACCCCAGCUUAUCAUGUGCUCCCCAAAUGUUAAAAAAAAAAAUAAUGCAUUAUACACACAAAAUGUAUCUGACAAAUUAUUUGCAAUAUAAACUGAGUUUUGUAGUAAAAAAGCAGUUUACUUGGUCAUGAUUGGAAGUUCUACAUCUUCCUUUUCCUGUCACUAUCUUGCACCCACACCCAUGCAUGUACUGCAACUUCUGUCAUCAUCUAAUACUGUAUAUGUAUGAUGCCUUUUAAAAUAAAGCUACAGAUGUGAAUAAACUACCACAUUUUGUCUGAUA